ACCCUGACAUCCAGACGCAAUGCACCUAGCGAGCCAUCGCGAUGCCACGGCAGUGCGUCGCGAUGGCCGCGGCAGCACGACGCAGCCGACGGCACGACGACGCGGCCACAGCAGCUUGACGCGGCCGCCAUGGCAGCAUGAGAGAGAGAGAGAGAGAGAGAGAGAGAGAGAGAGAGAGAGAGAGAGAGAGAGAGAGAGAGAGAGAGAGAGAGAGAGAGAGAGAGAGAGAGAGAGAGAGAGAGAGAAACAAGCACGCAGCGGAAGCGUGGGGAGCAAGCCCAGGAGAAACGGCCCGCUCUGAAACCAUGUUAAGAGAGCUAG